AUGAUUGUGGCCUGCCUGGCUGCCUCCCGGCUCUGUCUGCACGGGAUGGCCCUCCUGAACAACCUCAUGGCCUCCUCUGGCUUUUGUUCCAAAAUCUACUAUUUCAGCAUCCCCUGGGAUUUCAUCACCUCCCUCAGUUUCUGGCUGACUGCCUGGCUUGCUGUCUGCUACUGCACGAAGAUCUCCCUCUUCUCUCACCUCGUUGUCUUCUGGAUAAAGUGGAGGAUUUCUCGAUCGGUUCCCCAGCUGCUGCUGGGCUCCUUGAUCUUAUCUGGUCUGACUGUCAUCUCCUCAGCUGCUGGGAAUACAAUUCUUGCCCAGAUGACGGCUGCCCAGAGUUCCCAUGGAAACACCCUGGCUGGUAGAAUACAUGCUGUCUAUUUGCACUGUUUUCUACCUCAUGUAAUUCUCAUGAGGUUGGUUCCAUUCCUCCUGGUGUCCACCUUCUCGCUCAUGGUCUCGCUGCGCCGGCACCUCGGGCAGAUACAGGACCGCAGACCCAGCCCACGUGAUCCCAGUACCUGGGCUCACACCAUGGCCCUGAAGUCACUUGCCUUCUUCCUCCUCUUCUACACCUUGCACUUCCUGUCCCUGGUUAUCAUUGUGUACAUCCCAGCCUUCCAGAAACACUGGCAUUGGGCCUGUGAGGUGGUGACCUAUGCAGGCAUCUGUCUGCACUCCAGCAUCUUGAUGCACAGCAUCCCCAAGCUGAGAAAGGCCCCGAAGAAGAAGCUUUGGCGAGCCCUGGACAAGGACCAGUUUGUCUCCAGUUAUCAGUAUCAAUAG